CGACUAAUUUGGUUACACAGUACUUAAAGGCGAUAAUUUAAUCUCAUCGUCUUGCAAAGGAUUAAGAAACUCUUCAUCGUAUAGACAUUGAAAAUAAGUGUUUGGGAAUGGUGUUUAACAAUUACACUGUUAACCACUGAAAAUGCCUACACCUCAUUUAUCAAGAGCUCCAUCAAGACCAUCACCUGGAUAUGCUGGUGGAGAUGAGCUGUGUGAUACCAGCUGUCCAAUUGACUGGGAUACAAAUGUAGUGAAUUUUAUAUCCACUUGUCUACAUCCUGGUUUAGUUAGACGAACUUCAUCAUCAGCUGCUGCUGGGCAAAGCUUUGAUAAACCACAAUUUAAACGUCAACAUCGUCGAAAUUUUUCAACAGCUACUGCAGUCGGUUAUAGUCGACAUCCUGAUAUUCAGAAUACAAUUAAUCGUAUACCAAAUUCCAAUGUUUACAAUCAUUUCAAUGAUUAUCCGGCUGCUGCUCCAACCUAUUAUCAACGACGUAUACUAGGUCAUACACGUAAUAUAAGUGAUCCUACAUCUGGAUGGAAUUUUCGUGUUGUCACAAAACCACUUACUCUUGAUCAGCUAGCUGAAAGACCAUCAUGUAAUUGGGAGACUUCUGUUGACCAGGAGCCAGUUUUAUCGGCUCAAAAUCAUCAUGCAGUUCCAGAUGCAUCAUAUAUACCAGACGUAAAACCAGAAGCUUAUCCUUGUUUAAAGCCUCCUUCUCCUCCUCCUCAUUUGUCAACAAAUGAUCCAAUCGAUAAUUCCAUUAUGUGUAUAGGCGAUACGAAAACUCAUCAAACAACGAUAUGCACAAGUGAUGUUGAUAGUAUUGAUGAUGACGCUAAUGUUGUUGUUAAUGAUGGUGAUGGUGGGGCUUGUUUAUUCACUUGCUUACAAUCAUGUGCUAAUCCUUGUGUUGUACUCAUUGGAUUAUGUUUAACCAUGUUUAUGCAAACUAUGGUAGUAUCCGGUCUGAUGAGUAGUAUGUUUACCACAUUGGAGAGAAGAUUCAACUUAACUAGCCGACAAAUUGGUUAUAUGAUUAGUUGUUAUGAAGUAGCUGGUGUAGUCACUACAGUUGUCGUUAGUUUUAUCAACGGACAAAAACAUAAUCGUUUACGUGUUAUUGGCUUGGCAACUUUAAUUCUCUCUCUUGGUUUUGGAUUGUUCGCCCUACCGCAUUUUCUGGCUGGUCCUUACAGACCAAGUAUAUCGUCUAUUGAUGAAACUGUUUUCAAUAGUGAUAUUAAUAAUUAUAGUAUUGAUAGUGUUGAAAGCAAUCUGUCCCACUCAUCUCCUGCUUCUCAUCGUUAUCCUCUUCAUACUAAUCAAGAUUCAGAAGAUGGAAUUGAUGGACCGAUAUGUAUUGAUAGUAGACGGAAAGUUACUGCUUCGCCGCAUAUCGCUAUGCAAACUUCAUCGAUUAAUCAGACGAUUAUUAUGGAUGGUAGUAUUAUUCGUCCGGUAUCAUUAACGUCUACUAAUACGUUGGAUAUGCAAAAUGAUAAUAACAGUGAUUUAGACAGUUAUGAUAUUGUUCGAUCUAUGCUUUUUCCAACAUUUUGUGUUGCAAUGUUAUUAGCUGGAAUAGGCGCUAGUCCUUUGUAUGUAUUGGCACCAACAUAUUUAUGGGAUAAUUUAACUGAUAGACAAUAUCCAAUCUAUGCAGCUUUAUUCUACAGUGCUGGUGGAUUAGGACCUGCGUGUGGAUUUCUCGCCGGUGCUGGUUUCCUGAGUAUAUACAUUGAUUCACCAUUUAUGCUCCCACAGAAUGGUGUAGAUCGUAAUAGUCCAUUAUGGCUUGGUGCAUGGUGGCUUGGUAUGCUUGUUUGUGCUGCUCUAACUUUUAUUGUUGCUCUACCUGUAAUCUGUUUUCCAAAACGAUUACCAAUGCAGAAGAAGAUAUCAACUACACAAAUGGAUAAGGUGAAUAGUGUUGAUGAGACAUGUCCAUCUAUAGCUCAGUGUAAUAAUCAUAAUAUUUACAAUAAUAAUAAUAAUAACACCAACACCAACAACAACACUAAUACUGAUCACCACGAUCACAAUACAUACAUACAAUCACCACCACCACUACCAGCAGCAGCAAUAGCAAUAUCAUCACCAUUGGUAACCAAUGAAAAUCAGAAUAAUUUGAAUUUCCCGCCUACAUGUCCAAGUGUUCAAUAUCCAGAUUUAAGUGAAUUUAAACAACAACAACAACAAUCAUCAAAUUUAUUAUUAAUACCAGAUAUUAUUGAUGGUCAGGCAAAUGUUCCUAUUUCUUUAAAUUUAGACGAUAAUAAUUAUCCUCAUCCUCAUUGUCAUCCUCCUGCACCUCUUCCUCGUCCUCCUCUCCCAAAUCAAUAUUAUUGUUAUGAUAAAUUAGAUGAACAACAGAAAGUUAAUAGUCCGAUUAAUCUAGAACAAUAUGGUAAUAAUAAUAAUAAUUUUAUUGAUAUUGAAAACAUAAAUAAUAAUAAUACUAGUGAUGAUUUUGGAGUCUCUGUAAGUCCGUCAAAGAAACACUACACAUUUUGUGAAAGACGAGUAAAUUUGAAAAAGAAAAUUAAAGCAUUGUUACUCACUCUUCGUCGAGUAUUAACUAAUCCAGUAUGGUUAGGUGUAACAGUGAGUACUGUUGUUGAACAAUCGAUUGUUGCUGCAUUUUUAACAUUUGCUGCAAAAUAUAUUCAAAUUUUAUUUCAUGUACCAGCUUAUUUGGCUAGUAUUCAUACAGGUGCUGUAAUAGUUCCAAGUUCUCUGUUAGGCGUUUUAUCCGGUGCUUUAUUAAUGCGACAUUUUCGUCCAAGCUUACAUCGUACAUUAUUUGGAUUAUGCAUUAUGAUUGCAAUUACUGUGAUAACAAGUGUCAGUUUAAUGUCGAUUGGUUGUCAUUCUAGUCGGGUAGCUGGUAUCACAGCUACAUAUGAUGGGAAACGUUGGCCAUGGAAAAGUGGUCCAGGCUUUUUAAUCCCACCAAAUUUAACUGUCCCGUGUAAUCGAUUUUGUUAUUCAUCUGACAAUCGAAUAAUAAUACCGAGUCAUAAUAAUUUACACUUUCCUGAAUCAUCUCAAUGUUCCACACGGUAUUAUAAUCCAGUCUGUUGGACUGCUAUGAGUAAAACGCUGAAGGAGAAUACGAAGAAGAAUCCUACCACUGCCGCUGAUGCUCCUGCUGAGGUUACCGCUGCUCCUGAAUGUCAUGUUGGCUUCAAUAAUGACGAUGAUGAUGAUUCUGGCGAUAAUAAUAACAAUAAUAAUCAAAAUGAUUGUAGCUUUACAUCGUUAACAUUUUUUAAUCCAUGUUUUGCUGGAUGCAAAACGCGUGUUCAAGAUGAUCGAGGAGUUGUAAAGAAAUACUCUGAUUGUCAGUGUGUAACACCUUAUGCACUCAAUCCAUCUGGUUAUAUUUCAUCUACAUCGUCAUCUUUGUCGUCGACAUCAUCGUCUUCAUCAUCGAUAACCUCUACGACUGCUACUACUACUGUUACUAAUGACGGCAGUUUAGAUGAACUGUUCGUAAACAGUACUGGUGAAGUUUUACCUGGUCGAUGUAAACCAAAAUGUACACUGUAUGGUUUAUUCUUAGCUAUGCUAUUUCUGCAUAUUUUAUGCACUGGUAUCCUACAAAAUCCAAGUAAUGUGAUCACUUUAAGCUGUGUCUCAUCAGAGGAUGGUUCAGUUGCACUUGGAUUACAAAUAUUCUUCGUCAGAACACUCGCAUAUAUCCCAGCGCCUAUAUACUUUGGUCAACUAUUCGACUUGGCAUGUCAAUAUCGUCUUGAUUCAGUAAAUCAACAGUACUCCUCUACAGCCUCACCUUCACCAUCACCGUCAGUGUUAUUCAGUGAUCAACCGUCUAGUUUUAUCCAUCAAAAUGAAUCGAUAUCACCAUCAUCAUCGUCGUCGUCUUCUCUGCUGUUAUUACAAAAUUCCUUGUAUUCAUCUACACAGUCGGCUGCAGCCGCUUCACAUCAACUGAUGACAUCUGGUACUGGUGAUGGUGGUUGUCUUGAAUAUAAUCUUGAAGGAUUACCUUUCAUAUGGCUUGGAACUGUAUGCGCUCUGAAGGUGGUUAGUUUGAUUGGUUCGACAAUUACUUGGAGAUUAGCUAAGCGGCAAUUCAAUUUGAAUGCAAAACGUAAACAAAAAGAAGACGCUGAUAAAGAAGAAGGACGACAAGAAGAACAAGAACACAUGAACAGUAAAGAUCAAAAAGAAGAAGAAGGAGAGGAGGAGGAGGAGGAGGAAAGGGCAGGCGAAAAUAACAUCAGCCAACAGCAUAAAAUCAUUCCUGAUCCAAUCGAUCUGAUAAACAGCAAUAAUAAUUAUAAUUCAUCACCGGGUAUAGAACCAACUUUAAAUAGUCAAAUUUUCAAUACUCCAAAUAAUAAUAAUACCCAAGAGAUAGCAGUUAUCAUAUAAUUUGAGGGAUGUUUUUGCACUGUUUCGUUUUAUUGUCUUUUCUAGUUCUUAUGAUUAAUGCAACGGGUGGUAAAUAAAGUAAAGAUGUCAUUACAUAACACACUUGAGGGUAAUUGCCUGUGUUUUCCGCUUCUCCUAUUUUCUCUCUCCCUUUCUUCAUAUUGAUUGCAUAAUCUUCGUUUAUUAUAUUAAUUUUGAAAUAAUUUUGUAAAUUCUAUUUGUUUCUCUCUACUAGUGAUCGCAUAAUUAUGAUGAGGUUUGCUUUUCUUUUAUUUGUGGUGUGUGUGUAUAUAUAUGUGUAUUGAAGAUUCACAUGUAGAACUGCCUAAAGUGUCGUCGAUCUUGAAGUUGUCAUAUUACGUAAUGCUGAUUUCUACUCCAAUCUGUUGUGAUUGUCAUAUUUGUAUUACUGUAUCCACUCACACACACAUACAUACACACACUGAUAGACAAGCAGAUAGACACAAACGUAAAUUAAAUUCCUCUUAACAUUAGGAUUUUCGUUACUUUUAUGUGAGUGCAGAGGUGCACCUCGAUUCCAGGGCUUUUCUUGUGUGUGUGUGUGUAUGUGUGUAUGAAACUAUCAUGUGCCACUCGUGUUUUUUUGGAUGAAUAGGGGCUGUUAUGGUAGUCGAAAUUGCUCUCCCGUCAGAACUGACUCUCAAAAAAACACUCUGUGGUGCAGUUUUCUCUUCUCAUUGUUUCUCUGUGUUUGGGUGUAUGUGUCGUGGUGUCGUCCUUUCUUUAUUAUUAAUCAAGGCAAAUGUGUCUUUCGUUCAUAUAUCAAAGAAAAUUAAAAAUCAUUCUUGGAGAGAGAGGGGGUAGGAGAAGAACUGGCCAAAAUUAAGUGACCGACCAUGUUAUGAAUUCUUUUCACAGUUCAUCAUUCUUUAUCUGUGUAUAUCCAUCUGUGUACCUGUCUAUAGCUUAAACUCUUCAAUCCACCGGUGAUCAUAUCGAGAAAACUGUCUUUAUAUCCUCUCAGAUAUAUACAUAGAUGUAUAUUUACUUUUUCUGUGUGUGUUAAACUUACUACUCAAAAACUGUUACUAGUAGUAUUAUUAUUAAUGACGAUAAAAAUGAAGGAGAAAAAAUGGAAAACAUCAAUAAAGAAGACGUCAGUGUUCCUCUUUUUUGUUUUCCUCUUCGUCCAUUUAAUCUUCCUCUCUGUGUGUGCGUGCGUGUGUGCGUUUUUUGUGAGUGUUUUCACUUUUCCUUUUUUCUUUCUUUUGUAUGUACUGUUUACUCGUCUUUCUGUGAAUAAUAUGUGUAUGUAUACACGUCUGCAUAUAUGUAUAUGUUUACUGCUCUUUUCAUCCCUUUGAUGUUCCAAAUUGCGACGGGAGGGGUAGUGGACGUAGAAACCAGAUGUUUUGAACUAUCUAUCUAUCUAUGGAAGGGUUAGUAUGUUGCUUGCUAGUCGAGCGAGUAUUGGCAUAUUGGCAUAAUCCCAUUUUUAAGUUUUCCUGCAUUUAUUUCCCCCCUUUGAUGAAUUUGAAUAAAUCAAAACAAGUGAUCCAUUCAGCGAAGAGACUCUUUUCAACAAAUUUAUCAUUAAGUUGUACAAUCGUAUUUAUAUAUGGUUUUUAAGAAGUUAUAUCAGCUAAGGGAAUUGAAUA